AUGUGCUCAGCCGCCAACAGGCCUAUAAAUGCGGGUACCGUUUCGGUCUCUGAAGUUAAACCGAACCUAGUCAUGGCUGCCACGUCGAUCGCCUACCAGCUUACCCUUCUGUUACUCGCUAGUCUACUGGUUGCGUCUUCUACUUCCGCCAAACCGUACGGAGACCUUCCACGCGCUAUUGAGGCAGAGGAGGCUGACCUCGAGCAGGCGGACAGUGAUGCGAGCUACGAGGAACUGCUUGAGUAUCUGCUGUCCCGGGCACACGCAAAACGCGGAUUCCUGACCGCCUCUCGUCUCGGCAAACGCGGGUUCCUGACAGCCAGCCGCCUCGGCAAACGCGGCAUGUUCAUCGGAUCUCGACUGGGCUAA